CAUCCUCCUUAUUCUAAUGGAGUCUUCUUCUUCUUCUUCUUCUUCCAAGCGUAGAAGAAGUUAUGAUGUCUUUCUCAGUUUCAGAGGCACGGAUGUCCGCAAUAACUUUGUCGAUCAUCUCUACACAGCUCUAGACCAUUCAGGAAUAAGCACUUACAUUGACAGUGAAGAACUUGGUAAGGGAGAGCAGAUAUCAACCACGCUUAUGGAGGCAAUUGAGGAAUAAAAAAUCGCAAUCAUCGUUUUCUCGGAGAACUAUGCCUCUUCACCGUGGUGUUUAGAAGAGGCGGUGAAAAUCAUGGCGUGCAAGGAGCAAAGAGGCCUCGUGGUUUUUCCGGUGUUUUACAAAGUGGAACCCAGAGAAGUGAGAACGCCAGGAAAAGGUAAAGGGGAGAGACAGAGUUAUGGAGAAGCUAUUGCAGAGCAUAAGAUCAAGUUCGGGGAGGAUUCAGAAAAAGUAAAGAGAUGGCAAAAAGCUCUUCUUGAUGCUGGUAGCUUGUCUGGCUGGCAUCAUACCGAUGGAUAUGAAGCGGGGCUUAUACGACAUAUAAUACAGGAGAUCUCAACCCAACUAGAUCGAACACCAUUAUAUGUGGCAAAAUAUCCGGUUGGGAUAGAUUCCCAAGUACGAGAGCUUCAAACAAUCCUAAACCUACAGUUCAAGGAUGAUAUUCUUAUGGUAGGAUUAUGGGGACAAGGUGGUGUAGGGAAGACAACCAUUGCUAAAGCCAUAUAUAACACUAUUUUAAGAGAGUUUCAAGGUUCUAGUUUCUUGGAUCAAGUUAGAGAAAAUUCCAAAAGUUCCAUUGAUUUGGUUCAUUUGCAGAAAAAAUUGCUAUCGCAGGUUCUAUGAAAAAGAAUUAACAAUCUUUAGUGUCGAUGAAGGAAGUCAAUUGAUUCAAGAUAGACUUUGCAACAAGAAAGUUCUCAUUAUUCUCGAUGAUGUGGAUGAUGAACGCCAAUUAAAUGCUUUAGCCGGAGAUUGUGAAUGGUUCGGUAGUGGAAGUAGAAUAAUUAUCACGACAAGAAACAAGCAUCUGCUAACAUCUCAUGGAGUAGAUUCAGAUCAUUUGUAUAAAGUUAAAGCCCUCGAGGAUGGUGAAGCUCUUGAACUUUUUAGAAAGCAUGCUUUUCUAAGAAGUCAAAAAAUAAAAAUAAGGAGCGAUCUUGUUGAUAGUGUUUUACAUUAUGCCAGAGGCCUUCCUUUGGCACUUGAGGAGUUGGGUUCUUUCUUGUGCGGUAGAGGAGAACAUCAAUGGGAAAGUACCCUAGGAAAAUUGGCCAAAAGUCCUCACAAAAAAAUCAAUGACGUGUUAAAGGUAAGUUAUGAAGGAUUGGAGGACUAUGUAAAGGAGAUUUUUCUUGACAUUGCCUGUUUCUUUAAGGGGCUGAAUAUAGACUACAUUAAGAGUGUUCUUGAUAGUUGUGAUUUUGACACCACUAUUGGGUUACAAAUUCUCAUUGAGCGCUCAUUGAUUAGUGAAGAGAGGGGGGCCUUAGAAAUGCGUGACUUAAUACAAUUGAUGGGUAUGGAUAUUGUUAAAGAAGAAUGUCGUGAUGAUUCUGGCAAACGCAGUAGAUUAUGGCUUUAUGAUGAUGUUCUUGAUGUUCUAUCCGGAGAUGCGGUAAGAUUUAUUAGUGCAUAAGAAUUCAUAUUCUAUUCUUAUCCUUGACUUUUUUUACUGCGGUUACAAAGUAACCUAAACAUAUUGGAAUAAUAUACAGGGAACAGAUGCGAUAAAAGCCAUAGUUUUGAAGCUACCAAAGCCAAAAGAGAUGUAUAUUGGUCCUAAUACUUUCACGAACAUAAAAAAGUUGAGGUUGCUCAUCCUACAUAAUGUAGAUAAUCCUUUUCAAGGUCCCAUCCAUCUCCCUAAUCAGUUAAGGUGGUUUGAAUGGCCUAAUUGUGCCUUGAUUCCAGAAUUUGGCUAUGGUCCAAACAAGUUAGUUGGACUUGAUAUGCGGAAUAGCAAGAUCAAGGAAGUGCCGAAACAAUUUAAGGUGCGCAUUUACUUGGUCCCUUUUCAUUAC